AUGGCACUGGCUGCUGCAUUGAGUAGCUCUCAAUUGUCACAAAUCGCCCUGCGAAGGAGUCCAGCUGUACUUUCCGGGUCGGUACAAUCAUGGCCAUUCUCUAACAUCCUCUCCGCAUCCGUCGCAGUACCCUCAAUCGCGACAAGCAUCCCUGGCUUCCUCUCAGACGUCUGGGAGGGGAUCUUGAGGGCAGUGCCAAAGAAAAAGACGUCGCAUAUGAAAAAGAGACAUCGACAACUCGCGGGAAAAGCUUUGAAGGAUGUAAAAGCAGUCAACCAAUGCCCCGGCUGCGGGAGACCCAAAAAGGCCCAUACCUUGUGCCCAUAUUGUGUUGCGGCCCAUACCACAGAUAUCUUUGCCCUCGCUGUAACUCAAACGCAAAUCCUUACAGGUUCGGGCGAGAACUCGAUCAAAAUCUAUUCUGCCACCGAGGAAGGCUUUCCCAUUGCUCAGAUUCUCAAGGACGCCCAUAAAAUCGGGUGUCACCACAUCAGCACAGACCGCAGCACCGGCACGAGAGCUGUCAGUGUUGGCUUUGGAGGUGAGGUCAGAAGAUGGAAAUACGAGGAGGGCAAGUGGCAGGACGAUGGAGCAUUCGACGUCGGGGCAAAGAAGAAAACAGGAGAGAUUUGGGCGGUGUCUUUGUCCUCUGACGGAAAGUUUGUCGCUGGCACAACCCACGAUGGGCGAGUGAAUGUAUGGGAUCUAGCAAGUCGGGAGAAGAUCCGAGAAUUCGAGACUAAGGGGAGUUUUGGGAUGUCCGUGGACGUGUCGCCUGAUGGCCGGUUCAUAGCCAGUGGCCACGAGUCCGGAGCGAUCUACCUGUUCUCUACGGCUACGUCUCGCCUACUGCACUCACUCCCCGGACUCAUCAAACCCGUCCGCGCCGUCAAGUUUUCUCCUGGAUCUACUCUUCUUGCAGCAGCUGGCGACGCACGAAUAAUCUCCCUUUACGAUCCCACUUCAGGCGAGCAAAUUGCCAACCUCAGUGGCCAUGCAGCUUGGAUCACAGAUCUUGAUUGGAAUCACAGCGGCCAGUAUGUCUUGAGCGGAAGUCUGGAUGGCAAGGUUAAGGUGUGGGAUAUCGAGCGAAGAACUUGUGUUGCGACACACGGCGAGAGUGAAAAGGGUCUGUGGUGUGUCAAGUGGCAACCUAAGGGUGAGACCAGUGUUCAGCGACAGAAGGCUGAGAGGUUUGUCACUGUGGGGAGCAACAAGGCUGUUGCUAUCUACCGGGAAGCUACCGGUGGAUGA